AUGUCGUUCUACUCACCAACCACAGGGCCUCAUGGUCCGGCACUCUGGGAUCCUGUAGCAUCUCUGCAGCUGAUUAACCCCGAUAGAGAAAAGAUAACCUGUGUUGGCUACGCACCGACCCAAGGGAGGAGAUGUCGAAAUCCAAUCGCGGCACACAACAUCUCAGCAGCGAAGGAAAUACUUAACAGCCUUUCCCGGCGGAUACCGCAUGAUGGACUCAUGGAAGCAGACUUGCUCGACGUUGCCUCGAGGCUACUCUGCGUCCGCUACCAUCAGGGCCAGUGGAAAGGGGUUGUCGAGCGUAAGUGGAAGCCAUGCGUCCGGCAGGAACUUGGGUUCUAUCUCGCGGAGCGAGCCCGUCCAGCACCGGUGCUUCAAGAAGCUGCUCCCGUACAGGCCUCGAAUGAGAGUAGGUCAUCGAGCGUGAUGACAGUGUGGCCAUCGUCGAGACAAUCAACGUGGGGAGCUGCUACGCCACUUGCAACAAUCGCUCAGGGCAGUCGGGCGCAAACACCUCAGGCGGCCGUCACCACACCCGCUCCUAACCAGUACACGUUGCCCGACGUAUUAUCAGCGCAGCCCGCGCCAAGAGAGCUGACGCUGCAGGCGGUUACGAUACCGGACGAGCACGGCGUGCUUGAAGACAACCAGGUGCAGGAGAAUGAAGUUCCAGAGGAAGCGGCGGGCUCAGGAACCGAGCCGCCAGCAGUCGUCUGCACAGCCGAACACGUAGCUCGCAGGUCCAUUGAGGACAAUUGCGUGAUAUGCCAGCGCAGCCUGGCGUUUGAGCCUCUGGAGAACCUCGUCUGGUGCAAGGGCCAGUGCGGCAAGAACCUCCAUGUUGCAUGCUGGCAGCAAUGGUCCGAAUACCUGCGCCGAGGGCCUUCACGCUGCGUAUACUGCCGUGGUACAUGGGCAGACCCGUGCGAGCAUGACAGCGCCGAACCCGCCGACUCCUUCUGGUCCGUCAGCGAUACUGGACUAGAGCGUUUGUUCGACCGUCAAACACACAUCUGGUCCAUCUGGAAGGCGGCGUCCGUUGACGAUGCCGGAUUAGAGCUUCUGUUUGACCCUCGGGGACACGCCUGGUCCGUCUGGACGGCCGGGUCUGUCGAAGAUACUGGACUACGGCAUUUGUUUGACUCUCGGACGCACGCCUGGUCUAUCUGGAAGGCAGAGUCCAUCAAAGAUACGGGAUUGCGACGUCUGUUCAACCGUCAAACGCACACCUGGUCCUUGUGGACAGCGGAGUCCAUCGAAGAUACCGGAUUAAAGCGUCUGUUUCACCCUCGAACGCACGCAUGGUCCAUCGGAGCGGCGGGCGACGCGGUAGACGCAGGCCUCUGCCUGCUUUUCAGUCCAUCGGGACAGCAGCGGCGCAGGUCAGGCCGGAGCACGCGUCGGUUCGACCUGUGGACUGCACACGAUAACGGCCUGCACCGAAUGUUCAAUCCGCUCGUGUCCUUGGUCUGGGACGAGUACGUGCGAGUUUUCCGGCUGAGCGAGAGGCGAAGGUCGUAA